AGUACAGGGAUGUAUUUGUGUUUCGCUAACGCUACAGUGUUAAAGAAAGAAUAAAUGUACAUAGUCGCUAGCUCCGAAAUAACGAGGCAGACAUUGUUUGUGAUAUAUUGGCGGAAACGAUGGAGGGAAUUUAAAUAAGUUGAAACUGACGGAGAUACCUCCACAAGAUGGCGGUAAUGAAUCAGUAAGUCCACCAGCAAAGAAGAAGGACCGCAGUGCGCAUGCGUGUAGUGCUACUUGGUGAAAUAUGACCACAUAGUUCAGUUUCUCCUUAUUUUUAAAGCAUGGCUCUUGUUCCCUAUGUCGAAAACCCGUUACCUGCGCUUUCCAAACUCCACAACUCAACAGCACAGUUCCGGUUUGCCAACCAUGACCUCCGUCUCGCUCAGGACUGGAGGAAGCUCGGGGUAGCAGCAGUUGUGUGGGAUGCGGCAGUUGUCAUGUGUAUGUACCUGGAGAUGGGGAAGGUGACGUUAAAGGGGAAGGCAGCCAUUGAACUGGGAGCUGGGACUGGACUGGUGGGCAUUGUGGCAGCUCUGCUGGGUGCCAAAGUGACCAUCACUGACAGAGCGCCUGCCCUGGACUUCCUCUCCGCCAACGUAAAGGCAAACCUGCCCCCGGACUCCCAGGGAUCAGUGGUUGUGUCCGAGCUGACCUGGGGCGUUGGACUUGACCGUUACCCAGCUGAGGGAUUUGAUCUGGUGCUGGGAGCAGACAUUGUUUACCUGGAGAACACCUUUGUGUCGCUGCUGCAGACUCUGGAGCACCUGUGCUCAGACACCACUGUGGUGUUACUGGCCUGUAAGAUCCGCUACAACCGAGACACAGACUUUUUGAGCAUGAUGAAGCAGCGUUUUGUCGUCGAAGAGGUCUACUAUGACAAACAAAGGGACAUCCAUGUAUAUAAAUCCUGGAAACUGCCACCUAAGAACGAUCUAUGACAACUGAGUGUCCUAACGGGCUAUUUUUCUAUCACUGACUGCCUCCAUCUUUGUAAUAAUUAACAUCUUUUUGCAUAAGAAUCAAAUAAAAUGUCAAAGAUUACCAGAAACACAUUUAUUAACAGCUGCCAAAAAUGUAAUAUUUGAAUAGCUCUAACAUAAUGCACUGUAUUAUACAAGUUGGUGCUGACGUUUAGAAAUUGUGAAUACAAAAUUAAUGAAAAGCAACAUAAAAAAAAGCAGACUAUGUCAUAACUAUACAUAACACCUAAAAUAAUACAACAUGGCAUUCCAUUAAUAUGAAAACAUCCAUUUUUGUUCACGGUGAAGUCUUUUUGAUUUGGUCGCACGUGUCUGAUAGGUGCAAUCGAGAUGGUGAGAUUUGACGCUCCUCACAAUUAAUAACCUCUCAAGUGCAUGAUGAUGCCUUGAUUAUUAAUACAAAAUGAAAGGGACACUGUUAAAUCUUAGAGGCACCUCGCAACAGCUUUAUCUGUCGGUGGUGCGUGAGAUUUUUCUGUUAAAUUGUGAGAUACAGUAGGAUUGUUGUAUGCAGAGAAAGUGCACAUGCCACUUUGUAAUCCUGUAACCAGAACUUGAACUGCUCAAAUUGUACAUAAUUUAAACUAAAAUGUGGUGACGUAACGUGUUCAAAGACCAUCUAUAAGCAAUUUCUGAUUCCAGUGCGCGGCCGUGUGUCUCCAGAUUUGUUAAGAAAUGUGGCGGCAAAUGUUUCUUUCAAUACAAAACAAGUAAGGCUCAUUAUUUUUGUUGAUUAAGGAAUUUAAAAAAACAAGGAUUGAAAAAUCCAUGAUGCAAAAACAUGAGUGGAAAUCAAAACUGAUGCGCCAGCUGCAUUUGAUUUGUGUUCAAUCUCAUUUUCAGGUGAGCAGCAGGAGCAAAACCCCAGUUGAAAUCUGUCCAAACUAGUCCGCACCUUUUAAUUGUCUGGAUAUUUGUUUGAACAUUGUAAGAAACCAAAAACAAUGAGCCUUGGUAAUAUAAUCAGGAACAUGCAUCCGACAGCAACGAAACACUUAAGGAGUUCUGUAAAUGUUCCACGUGAGAGAUUCCGACUCUUCGUCAUGUAUCUUUAAAGCUGCGUUUAACAUGAAAACCAUUGUACAAUCCAACAUAAUGCUUUGCUUUUUUUGUUCAUGUCGUAUCAAGGCAAAGUAAAGUAAAAAAAAAAAAAAAAAAAAAAAA